CAUCCAUCGCACACUCCGUCGCCGCCCGCAUCUGCCAUCUGUUUGUCUCCAGGAGCCAUGGUCCACUCAUCGCUUAAUCUGACACUCAAGAGCAUCAACGCCAUUGUUAUCCUCGAUUCCGAGGGCAAGCGUCUGUUGUCAAAAUACUACUCGUCCGAGUACCCUACCGCCAAGGACCAGAAGGCUUUCGAAAAGACCCUGUUUGAAAAGACCAAGAAAUCAAGCAGCGCAUCUGCGAUCGGCGACCACAUCAUAAUGAUCGACAACCAGAUCGUCGUCUACAAGUUCAACAUCGAUAUCUUCAUCUACAUCAUUGGAUCUCUUGAGGAAAACGAGCUCAUUCUCGCCAGCAUUCUCAACACCUACUAUGAGGCUCUGUGCAUGCUCUUCCGCGAGCAGUCCCCAGAGAAGCGGUCGAUCCUCGAGAAUCUGGAUUUGGCCAUUCUGGCCCUGGACGAGACAAUAGACGACGGCAUUAUCCUCGAGUCGGAUUCCUCCCAGGUCGCCGGGCGAGUUACCAAGAAGAAUGAGGGCGAGAGCAUUCCUCUUGCUGAGCAGACAAUCGCUCAAGCCCUGCAGGCCGCCCGAGACCAGCUCACCAAAUCUCUGCGACAAUAGGCGCACUGCAUGUGGCGUGUGCAGCUGAUGUUGCUGCUCGGGCCAUCGGCUCCAACUUGUGCAAUACAGUGUUAGAUCGGUCGAUGCCGGGCCGCCAACCGAGCGUCGACUCAUUGCUGCCGUUGUCGCCUCGAUGGACCACAGGGACCACAGGGCGAGGGAAAC